AUGGGCAACCCACAACAGCGACAAGAUGCCCGUCCAAAGGUGGUCACCAUUGAGGCCCCUAUAUUGAAUGACCCAUGUGACCGUCUCCUGAACUUCACCCACAAGCGACCAGCCCAUGACGCCCCCUUCUCCACGUCCCCACAGCCAAAAUUGAACAGAAUGUCACCACCACCAGCUAAGAAACGAUGUCAGUCAAAUGAAGAGGAUUUUAGAGAAUUUAAGGAAUACUGGACUGAAAAGUUUGGCAUGAUUAAGAAGGAUGAUAAAGCUUUAUGCAUUUUCUGUUCUGACACAGUUGUUUGUAGAACUUCUUCUGUAAAGAGACAUUUUGAAAAUGUUCAUAAGAACUUAAGCAAUAAAACUGAGGAGGAACAAAGAGAAUUAAUUUCUCGUGAACUGAGCAAGACAAAAACACAAGCUGAAACUUUUAUGAAUUAUAUUUCAGGUAGGCCCAGUUCCAACUUAGUUGCUGCUAGUUUUGAAGUUUCAAAAGUUAUUGCCCAACACGGAAAGCCUCUCUGUGAUGGGGAGUAUAUUAAAGAAGCUUGGCUAGAGUGUGCACCUUUUCUUUUUGACAACUUUUCAGAAAAGAAAAAGAUUAUUCAGCGCAUUAAAGGCCUUUAA